GAAACCAUUUGUGGAUCAGGUGGAAUUCUGGGAUUUUGGCCUGACUUCAAGAUCCCAAAGCGUGUUAUUUUCUCUGUUUCUUUCCUCCAGCCAGAAAAACUGUUACAUCAGCCUUCAUUUCCUUUCUCUCUCUCUCUUUUCCAUUCCCAGAAAGUCCUUGCAAGGAAGAGGUCAGCGACUUGUAGUGCUGAAUGCAUCAACUUACAGUAGAUGUGGAAUAUUCCAUCAAACGGAUGGUUUCCUAAUCAGGAGAGAAGACAUUACAAAAGUGUGCAGAGAAGGGAUGAAGGUGAUGAAGGUUCCACAGCUCUCACACCAUGUAUACCUUAUCCUACUGGUUGCCUCUGUACGAUCUCAAGUCAACCCAGAAAUGUGUCGAUAUCCUCUCGGUAUGACCGGUGGGCAGAUUCAGGAUGAGGACAUCUCUGCCUCCAGUCAGUGGUCUGACUCAACUGCAGCAAGAUUUGGCAGACUUGACUUAGAUAACGGAGACGGUGAUGGGGCCUGGUGUCCUGACAUCAUGACAGAGCCAGAUGGCUUCAAGGAGUAUCUCCAGGUGGACCUGCGUUCACUGCACUUUAUCACACUGGUGGGCACCCAAGGUCGCCAUGCUGAUGGCAUGGGUAAUGAGUUUGCCCAGCGAUACAGGAUCAAGUACAGCCGUGACGGCAGCAAUUGGGUGGGCUGGCACGAUAGGAAGGGAAGGCAGGUCAUUGAGGGGAACAGGAAUGCGUAUGAUGUGGUGCUGAAGGAUCUGGAGCCUCCCAUCAUUGCUCGUUUUGUCCGCUUUAUGCCUGUGACAGACCACUCUAUGAUUGUAUGCAUGAGAGUGGAGCUCUACGGCUGUGAAUGGCUGGAUGGCCUGGUGUCUUACAGCAUUCCAGAUGGGCACCAAAUGAUCUACAGAGGCCUAGAUGUCUACUUUAAUGACUCUGUUUAUGAUGGAAUAUCAGCUGAAAGACUGACAAAGGGCCUCGGUCAGCUGACAGACGGCACAUGGGGUCUGGAUGAUUUUCUCCACAGCCACAUAUACGGCAUGUGGCCAGGGUACGACUAUGUGGGCUGGAGCAACAGGAGCUUCCCCAAAGGUUACGUGGAGAUGAUCUUUGAGUUUGACCGUGUGCGAAACUUCACCUCCAUGAAGGUUCACUGUAAUAACAUGUUCAGUCGAGGGGUGAGGAUGUUCAGACAGGCCAGCUGUUACUUCCGCUCAGGAUCAGAAUGGGAGGCUGACCCGGUGACUUUCAAGCCCACUGUUGACCGCGUGAGCCAAAGCGCCCGUUUUGUCACAGUGUCCCUCGGUGACCGCACAGCCAGCACCAUCAAAUGCCGUUUCCACUUCAGUGACCUUUGGAUGCUGUUCAGCGAGGUGGCCUUCCAGUCAGGCUCAGCAGUGUACAAUACAUCUCUGACUUCUCGCAAACGAGGACACCCCACAAACACACUACCAGGGGAUGAUCCUACUCAUAAAGUGGAUGACAGCAACACCAGGAUCCUGAUUGGCUGCUUGGUGGCUAUCAUUGCCAUCCUAUCGGCUAUUAUAGUCAUCAUCCUGUGGAGGCAAGUCUGGCAAAAGAUGCUUGAAAAGGCAUCUCGUCGCAUGCUAGAUGAUGAACUCACAGCUCGUCUUGCGGUCCAGACCCAGGCCUUCUCCUCCCACCACUCCUCUCUAAUCAGUGAGAGUGGCUCCACCUCCAACUCCACCUAUGAGAGAAUCUUCCCCCUCUGCGCCGACUACCAGGAGCCUUCACGCCUUAUUCGGAAACUACCUGAGUUCGCUCAGUCCACCGAACAUCUUGGUAAGAUGGUGAAAGCACAAUGCAUUAAAUACUGUGAAGGGUUGGCUUGCGCUAUAGCUGCUGUAGUGUGUGUAUUUGUGUGUUCCACAUUAGGACCGAGCACUUCCUGUAAAACCCUUGCAACCAGUGGUUCAGACAGUGCCCCCCACUAUGCGGAGGCUGACAUCAUCAGCCUUCAGGAGUCUGCAGACAACAGCACCUACCCCAUCACAGCCGUCAACAUGAAUCUCUUUGCUGGCAAAGAUUCGUCCAUGAGAGAGUUCCCCAGACACAAGCUCACCUUCAAGGAGAAACUGGGAGAGGGCCAGUUUGGAGAAGUGCACUUGUGUGAGGCCGAGGGCAUGCAGGACUUUUUGGAUGAGGAUUUGUCUAUAGAGGGAAACAAUGAGUCACCUCUGCUGGUUGCUGUGAAAACACUGCGGGAAGACGCCAACAAGAAUGCAAGGAACGACUUCCUGAAAGAGAUCCGAAUCAUGUCUCGUCUGAGGGAUCCCAACAUUGUCCGUCUGCUGGCGGUGUGUGUGGACACAGACCCACUGUGUAUGAUCACUGAGUACAUGGAAAAUGGAGACCUGAACCAGUUCCUCUGCAAUCUCAGACUGAAAGAAGCUGCUGAUGAAGACAAGACAGAACAGGUGCAAAAAGAGGGGAAGAGCAUGGUCAGUAAACUAAUUGGCAUGGCUGUGCAGAUUGCAUCCGGUAUGAAGUAUUUGUCCUCUCUCAACUUUGUCCACCGUGAUCUGGCGACCCGCAACUGCCUGGUCGGUAAGAACUACACCAUAAAGAUCGCUGAUUUUGGCAUGAGUCGGAAUCUGUAUAGGGGAGACUACUACAGAAUCCAGGGCCGGGCUGUGCUGCCCAUUCGCUGGAUGUCCUGGGAGAGCAUCCUACUGGGUAAAUUCACCAUGGCCAGUGAUGUGUGGGCAUUCGGUGUGACUCUGUGGGAGAUUCUGACUCUGUGUAAGGAACAGCCUUACUCCCAGCUCUCUGACGAGCAGGUCAUUGAAAACACAGGCGAGUUCUUCAGGGACCAGAGCAAGCAGGUGUACCUGCCAAAGCCACCCUGUUGUCCUGAAAGAGUCUACAACGAUCUCAUGCUGAGCUGCUGGAGGAGGAACGCCAAGCAGAGGCCGAGCUUUCAGGAUAUACACGCUCAGCUGUUGGAGAGCCUGCCGUAGCAGAUGGAACAGAUGAUUUCCCUCUGCCAUGCACUUUUGUUCCCAUUUAUUUAGAAUUCAUUUGGAGUCAGAAACAGCCUAUUAAAUGUUUUCCAUUUGCUUGUCAAGAUGGUGCUGUAAAUAACAAGAUACAAGCAGAGGGUAUACACUUGAACAGAGCCUUAUAUUUUAGAUAUCAUGCAACGUAGCACUAUUCACACGGUGUAUUCACACCUCUGUGUAUUUAUUCAUGUCUUUGUAUUUCCUAUGCUGUCUAUUUAUAGAGUACUCAACAGUAAUUAUAGGUUUUGAAACAGAAUUGUGGAUUUUUUUAUUUUCAUUUCUUUUCCAUGCAUACAUCUUCUAUUGCACAUUUAUGUCAAUACAGCUAUGUGACCUUUUAGGAUGUUUAUAUAUUUUUCAUUUUACAUUUUAUGAUGAAGAGAUCACAUGACUGUUGUCUGGAUGAGAGGUGUUUUUUUUUUUACUCUGCAGCAGUUCACUGACAUGUUUUAUAAACAUGCUUCUGUCCCUUUGCAGAAAUAAAUUACCUGUAGCCUAUAUUGUUUAAUAGUUACACUUUUUUAAUAGCUGUCAAACCAAAGAUAUACAUGUAAAUAAAGAAUAAAAUGAA